CCAAUACAACUGCCCAUAGCGCGUGCAGGCAAGGGCAGGCUGAAAAGAACGAGACUCAAGAAAAACUAUAUUUGGCUUCUCUGAAUCCGUCCGGAUUUAACUUUUUUUCUGUUCAUCCAGUUCUAAUAUCAGUUAGUCUUUCAUUUGGAGUAGGUGGGACUCUUGUUAUGCUGCAAGCUUUGGCCGGAGGCGCCCUCGGCGGCCUUCAAACAAAUGGGCCGGCCAACCUGGUCGGUGCACUGGGCUUGCUCCAACGCGCGGCAGCCGCGGUCGUGACCGGCGUGCCCUCGAGCUCCUCUCCGGUCCCCCCGCACGCCGACCGCAGCCUCGCAUCCCUCAGCGCCGGGGCCCAGUCGGCUGCUGAGUCAGCCUGCAGCCACGGCGGCUGUGGUCACGAUGAGGCGCCCUGCUGCAGCGCCCGCAGCAGCAGCAACAGCAGCAGCGACGCCGGGGCUCCCCGGGGCCUGCAGCAGCAGCUGAGGUCGCAGCAGCUGCAGCAACACCAGCACCAGCAGCGACGCGGCAUCGCCACGUCAGCGGGUUCGGCCCUGGCGUACAAGUUCCAGUCCAACGUGUCGCCCGCGUCGUCACGGGGCUCGGGCCGCGGCUCCAAAGUCGCCACCCGCGACAACUACCAGCGCUGGCGCGAAAGCGGCGGCGACGUGCGCGUGGCCCAGGACAUCCUGAGGGAGGCGGAAGGCAGCGGCCGGGGCGGCGGCGGCGGAGGCGGCGCGGGGGCGGCGCGGCGCGGCGACUCCCGCCUCCGGCGGGGCGCCGACAGGCCUGGGGGUUCUGGUGCUGGUUCUGGUGGUGGUACUGGUGCUGGUGCGGGUGUUGUUGACGUGCAGGACGAGCUGCGGGCCAUGGUGUUGGGCUGCCGCGACCUGAGCGAGCUGCAGGUGGUGGUGUGCGAGUGCGGCGCCGACUUGAACCCCUUCCUGGUGUGUGCGGCGGCGGCCAGGCUGCACAAACUCAAACAGGCGACGCCGCCGGGCGCCUCUCCCGCGGCCCUGGCCCGCCGUGUGGGCGAGUCGCUCAUGGUGCUGCUGCAGGACCGGGCUGCCGAGGCGCCUCUGUCUCAGCUGGCGGGCGCGGCGCACGGCCUUGCGGAGGCGGGGCUGGCGCCGGGGGCGGCGCUGCUGGAGGCGCUGGCGGCGAGGUGCGAGGCGGCCAGCCCCCGCGGCGGCACCGCGCUGCAGGAGGCGGACGGCAGGACUGUGUCCGUGCUACUGCUCUCAGCCGCCAAGUUCCUCGCGCGGCAGCAGCAGCAGCAGCAGCAGGCGGCUGUAGCAGCGGGCGCCGGCGCCGGGGCCGGCAGUAGCAGCGCUGCUGACGCGGCGGCGGUGCGGCUGUGGGGUGUGGUGCGGGACGUGGCGCAGGUGAAGCUGCUGCGGGCGCUGGGGGAGGAGCCGGAGGGGUCGGCGGCGGCGCCUGUGGGCGGCGGCGAGGCCGGCCCCGAGGUGGACGACUCCAUGCCGCAGAGCUCCCUGCGCGCCAUCGCAAAGGCGCUCGUCCUCGCGCGCGACACGUCAGCGCCCGCCAUCGCCACGUGGACAGCCGCCGCCCGACUGGCCGCCCGCCACGCCGCCGAGCUCCAGCCCGCCGUGGCGGCUGCCGUACUGCGCUCGUACUGCAUGGCGGGCGGGCCGGCGGCGCUGGAUGGCGGGCGGGAGGGGCUGCCGGAAGCUGUGUGGGCGGCGCUGGGGCCGCAGGUGGCGGAGCUGGACGUGGGCACGCUGCUGGAUCUCACGUUCGCAGCCACCAAACUGGCGGUGGCGGCGCCUGGCGGCGCCGGCGGCGCCGCUGCCAGCGAGCUAGGCGCGGGCAUGCUGCGCCCGCUCUGCGACGCGCUCACGCCGCGUGUUCCCGCGCUCUCGUGCGCCGACGUCGCCUCGUUGGCGACGGGGCUGGCGGCGGCGCUGGGCGCCGCCGGCGGCGAAGCCGCCGCCGCCGCCGCCGAUGGCGCGCCGCCGCUGCUGUCGCCGUCUCACUUCGGCUCGCUGCCUCGCCUGCUGUCAGACCUACUGCUUCUUCGUGGGCCGGGCCAGUUCGGCGGCCGGAACUUUGCCUCGGUGGCGCUGGCGCUCGCGCUCGUGACUGGCGGGCCGGCAGGCGCCGGCGGCGGCGGCGCCGCCGCCGCCGGGUCGCUGCCGCCGGCCUUCUGGUCCAAGCUGGCAGCGGUGGCGCUACCCGAGGUCCCCGCCAUGGACGCCGGAUCACUCAGCCGUUUGGCUGGCGCCUUCUGCGCACGCUUCGCCGCCGCCGCCGCGGCGGCGGCGGCCGCCGAGCCGGCGGCGUCGGCAGCAGCAGCGGCGGCGGCGGCUCCGCCGCCGCCAAGCCCGGAGUUGGUGGCUGCGGUGCACGGCCGCGCGGGCCAGCUGCUGGACGGGGCGGCGGGGGGCGUGGGUGUGCGCGAGGCGCUUCACCUGCUGCGGUGCCUGGCGGAGUGGCAGGUGCCGGAGGGCGCGGCGGCGGCGCCAGCGACGCUGAUGCGGCUGGCUGACGUGUUGGCGGCGGCGGACAGCGGCGCGGUGGCGGCGGCGGCGACGCCGGCGGUGCGGCAGGCGCUGGCGGCGAAGCUGGCGGGCUUGGGGCUUGGCGGCCACGCGGUGGUAGCGAAGCUAGGGUAGUGCACUAGCUCAGUAGCUGUCAUUGGCGUUAACGAACACCAGGAGCUGCCACAAGAGCACACUAGCUGUCACUGGCAUGUGUGUGAUGGAGGCGAGAUGGGUGUGCCGCUGCCGCACCGUAUGGAGUUGUGUGGUGCGGAGCUGUGCGGCGUUCCGGCGUUGGAGGGGUGUUGGAGGGGUGUGCACCGGCUACACAUGGGGCCGUGGCCCGUGGGUAGUCAGGACGGUGGUGGGCCGCACGUGGAGGAUGCACCGUUUGAUGCAUGGUGCGGUUGAGGCAAUUGCGCGAAGACGCCGUGUGCGAGUUAACGAGUUUGCAUGG